CGCCUUCUCCCCCCUACAGCUCACUCUCUCAAGCAGCCCUCAUUGUAAUUUUUAAAAUCCAUCCAUCUAUACGGGUCUCUCGGCCUUCCACAUCUAUCAUUUAUCUCCAUCCUCACCUCACUCUGGCUACAAACAAGCCACUAAAUCCACCGCAUCUCCUGGAUCCGAGUUCAAACUAAAGAAAGCAGGUGUUGCCCCUCACUGCUGAACCCCACAUUGUCGUUUGAUUCUCGCCACCUCGAUAACUCUCGGCUCACCUCUUUCGCAAUCAGAUUCAUCGGUAGCCACGUACAAACGCAUUCACGAUGGACGAAUUAAUUUCCCAGUUUACAACUAUCACCGGCGCCACCGUCCGCAAGGCUGAGACUUACCUCAAGGUUUCUGAUGGAGAUCUUGAGCAAGCGAUACAGUUAUACUUCGACACUGGCGGAGCUGAUAUGGAGUCCGGACCUUCUACGCAAACUGCUCCCCCACCGCCGCCGCCCCCGCCUGCAGAAGCAUUACGAGCAAGUGAACCCACUAGGUCCACCGCUACACCUGGCAGUGGGUCCGGGUCUGGUGUUAAUUCAGCGUAUGAUGAGGAUGAGGCUAUCGCUAGGAGGUUGCAGGAGGAGCUUUACGGAGAGGCUGGGGGCGCUAGUAGUGGUGGCGAAAAUGGCGUUAGAGCCCCGAUUGCAAGAACUAGAGAUACCCUUAUUGGUGGAGAUGACUAUGGAUACCCCGAAGGCAUAGCUGAGAGAAGGAGGCUGAGAGCUGCAACUAGUCGCUUUGGGGCAUUUGGUCGACGGAGUGCCGCAAACGUUUGGGCCCCCGAAAGUACAGAUAGUAGUGAGUCACUUUUGGAGGCUGUUGGAGGGGUUUCUGAAUCCUCGUCCAAGCCCAGUAAACUGGCAGAGAUCUUCCGACCUCCAUUCGAGAUUAUGACCAAUUUAUCUUUUCAGGAUGCGAGGGAUGAAGCAAAGGAGGUGGAGAAGUGGAUUCUUGUCAACAUUCAAGAUAAUUCUAUCUUUUCCUGCCAACUUUUGAACCGAGACAUCUGGAAAGCCCCUGAGGUGAAGGCUACAGUCAAAGAGAACUUCGUUUUCCUGCAGAUGGAUCGUGCGGGGAGGGAUGGGAAAGAUUAUCUCAGACUAUACAUGGCCAACGCAGUCGAUGACACUGCGCUUUUCUCAUCGGGAACCAAAGCCGAGGAUGUAUUUCCACACAUUGCGAUCAUUGACCCCCGAACCGGGGAGCAGGUGAAGGUCUGGACUGAUGUGCCGAAAAAUCCCCUAGAGUUUCUCAUGGUCCUGCACGAAUUUCUGGAUCGCUACUCCCUCAAAGUCGAUGCUAAGAACCCCGUUCAACGGAAAACCAAGCCUAAAGCUAGCGUUGCCCACAUGACAGAGGACGAAAUGAUGCAGCUAGCGAUGCAAAACUCGCUCGGUGGCACCAGCACUCCCCUGGGCGCAACUUCCGACCCCGAUGAUCUCACUAAGACUGGUGGGGCAUCCUCCGAUGUUGGUGACCUAAUGGAGUUUGAAGAAGUACAGGAGAACCAAGCCGACACGUCUGAAAAACAGGAAUCUGUGUUUUGGAGAAUUCGCGGGGAUAAACAUCAUGCGGAGCCAUUGAGUGGCCCGGAUGUCACGCGCAUACAGUUUAAGAUGUCAGAUGGCACACGUGUAGUCCGCAGGUUCUUGUUGAAAGAUCGCGUGGAGCGGUUGUUCGAGUACGUGAAAGCAGACCUACUUCCCGAGCACCAAGAGAAGAGGAAAUCCGGCCCCGACGAUAAAGAGGACUUGCUGGUGGGGAAAGAGUUUGAGCUUGUUUCUUUGGGCAAAAAACUCAUUGAUCAUCUUGAAGAGACCAUUGAUGAGGCUGGUUUGAAGAUGGGGACCGUUAUGGUGGAGGUUCUCGAUUGAUUGAUUAUUGAUCGGAGACCGGGAUGGAGGGGGGGUUCAAUAGACUUUCCUUUAUUUCGUGCCUUUUCUUUAUUUUAGUGGAAAUUCAUCCUUUUUUUACUUUCUCCUAUUUCUCUUCUCACCCUUCUGUGGAACUUGCUCUCUUAGCUUUUAUUGGGGAGUUUUGUUGGGCGAAAAAGGGCAGGCUGGUUGACGGAUAUCUUACAAGGAUGCGCGAUGCGUGAGCAGGUGGACGGAACAAGAACGAGUGUGGGUGUACUGUAUCUAAUUAGCACGGACGAUUAUGUUGCAUUCAUAAA